UAUAAUGCUAGCUAAGUUUCGUUUUUGGGAAAUGAAGAGACCGUGAAGCUAUAUAACCCGCUUCUGAGCUGUUUGCAGUCACACUCAUGCAGCAACAGGAGCCGGCACAAAUGCAAGAUGGACAGAGUGAACAGGUAUUCAGCUUUUCUGAUGCUACGGCUCCUCAUUUGUGUCGGCUCCUCUCCGCUCUCAGUGCUGUCCUAUACCUCCUCGAAGGUGGGCCUGCCAGCGGUUCUGCCCUGCACAGUGGAGUCACAUCUGGAGUCUGAACGGGCUCCUCAUAUUCAGUGGCAGACCGUGAGCGACUCUGUGUUUGAGCGAAUGGGACAGGAGCAGUUCCAGGGGGAGGCUUACAUAAACCGAGCGGACGUCCCAGAACAUAUGCUCGUCAAGGGAAACUGCUCUCUCUUCUUGCAAGAUGUCAGAUUCAGCGAUGCGGGCGUUUACGAGAGUUACCUGGUGGUUGGGGAACCAAGUAAGCCUGUCAAGAGCCGGAUUUUCCUUCAGAGCGUCCAACUUGUGGUUGUCGAUCACAAGGCCAUCAGGUCUGUUCAGUUGGGCUCAGAUCUGAUCCUGGAUUUACACACACAUCAAGCCGAGCAGGUGAUUUUCCAGAGCAGUGAUGACACAGACUGGACAGUCCUGUGGGAGAGAGAGGGAGGCGUGAAGAAGAACGGUCAUCUGAAAGAGAAAGACAACAAACUGAUCCUCAGAAGGCUUUCGGCCAGCAGCGCCGGAACAUACAAAGUUUUAGAUUCACAGGGUUUGGCGCUCAGCACAGUCAAAGUCACAAUAACAGAACCUGUGCUACCAAAAGAAUCAGAGGUUUUGCAAAUACAGUCAGCAUACGGUAAAGCUACAACGAUUGUGCCUCCUCUAAGCCUCAUUACUUUUUUCCUUGUGUUUGAAAUCUUGUGUUUUUCCACUGGUUGAAAUUAACAGAUAUUUUGUUUUAAUUGUAUUUCAAUAACAUUCUGUAAUAUUUUAGCCCUGUGUGAAAUUUCUGUCUUUGAAAUGAAUGGGUGUUCUUUGCCAUUUCUUUCAUAGUGGAUAAUUUACUGCACUCUGAAAUGUUCAAAUUAUUUAAAAUAAAUCAUUAUUAUAUACAACAGAAACACAUGGAUCAAAUAAGUACAAAGAUGUGCAUUCCUUUGAAUUAUUAGUAAGUCACCAUUAGUGCAAAAUUGUCAUUUUAUCUUUGCGCAGUUUUCGAGUGUAUAUUAUAUAUUAUUUAUUUGUGGAUAUUGAAGUGAGAAGGAUUGUGAUGAAACAUGACCAUUUUCAUGUUCUUACUGUGUUUUGUAAGCUUACUGUAUUGUGUUUCAUGCAGAAAACAUGCUAAUAAUAAAUUAACCAACAAUGAAUCUGAA